GAAAAAACCUCGUAAUUAUCACAGUAACUGGCCAUGAUAUCUUAGGAGUCAAAUUGAAAAUAACAAGGGAAGUGUCAGUCAAGUCUGAGACACCAAAGCUCCCGCCCUUCAUAUUCAUGAUUGUUGGAAAGAAUAACGGGGAAACUCCUUUUUCUUUUUAAUAGAAUUCUCACUCUCUUAUCCCAUAUCCACUCCUUUUCUUUUUUUCUCUUUCUCAAAUCAUCGCAUGGUUCCUGGUCCCUGGAAAAAUGUACGGCCAUUGUUGAUUGAAUGAACCAGUUUUGGUUAAAUGAUGUUUUGAAUUAUUCUGGAAUUUUUUGUUCGAAUGUUUAUGGUAUUUAGUUGGAUUCUAUAGAUACAUUAAACAGAUGUCUUGUGGCGUUGAACGAACCCCUCUACAUUCUCGUAAAGUGUCAGAGGUAGGAAAGGCUAAUAGGUCCAGGAAUUUUUUGCAGCUCGAUGGUUAUAGAAGAUCAUCGCAGGAUUCCAGAAUUUCUUCUUUCAAUUUGAGGAACAUAGAUCAGAGGUGUACCAUAUUGACUUUCCCAACACUCGAGUGUAAUGGGCAGUGGAGAAUUGUUGCACUACCCUUGCAAUAUUUUGAUCACACUAACCGUUUCGGAAAUGGGACUCAGGUCAAUAUGAAUAGCCUGCAUCUGGUACCCUCUCCCUCCGUUAACCCAUUUAAGGUUAAUGGUCGGGAGACACAGAAAGGGCCUCAACCUGAUCAGAUUACUUAUUCUGCGAAGCCUUUUAGAACCAGAAGCUUGUCGGGCUCCAAUGUGCAACAACAAUUCCGCAACAGGUCCAUUGCACAUAAGAUGACUAAAUCGAGUGAAAUGUCAUACUGUUCUUCUCGUCAUAGUUCCAUCACUUGUUAUGAUUCUUCUGCUGUCAUAUCAAAAGGAUCCAAUGCUACUAUGUUCAUCGAUUGUUCUGAGGAAGACAAGUCUACAAAGAGGAAUGCACGGAAGAAGGCAAGAAGGAAGGGGAAGCAUAAAAAGAAACAUUCGUGUGACUUUGGCUCCUCAGAGUCUGAGGUUUGUGUGGAGUAUGCCUGUGGAAGUUCAGCAUCUGAAAUAUGUGAGAGCAGCAGUGGUGUUGUUACAAGUUCCCAAUCACAAAAUACAUGCACAUGUGACAUUGAUGAAGUGGAUACAUCAAAAUCUAUUUUACCUUCUCAAGCUCAGAAAUAUGGGGAGCAUAUAGAUAGUUCUGAAAUCAGUAGCGAGGACCUGCAACAAUCUAGGUGUCAAGGGGAUAUAGAGAGGAGGCAUCCUUCACAUACGGGCUCUCUUGUAGGUAUACAUCAGAAGGAUUUCUCAGACAAGCAUGAUUCUCUAGUGUUGGAUUCAGUUUCUGUUGGUUCAAACAGUGAAGAAGGGAUGAGUUCGAGUGGUGGUCAUAUUGUUAAUCCAUUUCACAACCACCACCAUGAAAUCAGUCGGUCAAAGCUACCAGGUUCGGGUACCAAGAAGGGCUCCUUGUGUCUUGAAAACUCAUUAUGUAGCAUUUCGAAAACCUGUCAUUAUACUGAGGAAACAAAGCAAGGGCUGGCUCGUAGUUGCUAUGAUGGCCGAAAGGCUGCAUCAAGAAAGCAGGAUAAGCAGUUUAAAUCUGUUCCUGGGAAACUUGGAAGUAUGGGGAACCGGCACAGUCGAACAGGAAUAGAGAACGGUCAUUCUGUUUGGCAGAGGGUCCAAAAGAAUGACGUGGAGAAAUGCAACGCUGAAAUGAAGAAAACAAGUUCCAUCUGCUCACAGUUUGAUGCUAUUUUAAAGGAUGCUCCAUUGCAGAAAAGAAAUUGUAACGCUGCCAGUCUAGCAACCUUACCUAUUACUGAAGACAAAAGGAAGUUGAAAAAUAAAGUUCCUAGGAAGUUGAAAAUAAAAGUUAGUACUAAACAAGAAAACAGAAGUUAUUCGAGGAAAGAGACUCUUCCCAACAAGGUAAAUUUAAAUGCUCAUGCAAAGACUAGCAUGCCAAAAAGUGGAAUAUUGGAUGACUUAACUUCUCUGGAUGACAAUGGUGCAAGUAAAAAUCAUUCAAGGUCUUCUUCUCAACUUGGUUAUGCAAGGGUUGAGACCCUGAAAUCUGAAUCUGUUAGUGACUUUGAAGUUGUUCCAACCUGCACGGAACCAUGUGAAAGUGUCUGUGAUACUGAAUCUGGUUUGAAUAGUCGAGAGAGCUUAGGGAACUCAUGUGUCCCUUUGCACCGGUCAGAUUUGCUUGAGAUGAAAACUCCAGUUUACCUCCCUCAUCUGAUGGUGAAUGAUGUUUCUCGAACAGAAAAAAAAUUGGUUGCUGAAAAUGGUAAACAAAGUCAUAAUUUGGGGCCUGCUCUACAGAAAUGGAUACCUAUUGGGAUAAAGGAAUCCGGAUUUACAUCUUCUAAAUCUGCCAAUUUGUCAUUGGAACAUUCUAAUGGACCAGAGGCAGAAGAUGGGACUCGUAAAAAUACCUUUGAAGAGAAAUUUGCUCCCUCUUCUAAGAAUCUUGAAAACGGGAACCAUAUUCCAAAGGUGAGGAAUGUGAAUUCUAGUAUAAAUGGAAAAGAAAACAAUCCAAAUGGGGCUAAUUUGACAGCAGGUGCAUCUGAUUUAAACAAGAUAGCAAAGGCAUUGAAUGAUGGCUACAGGGCACAAAUGGCUUCUGAAGCUGUUCAGGCGGCCACUGGUGACCCCAUUGCGGAGUUCGAAAGGCUUCUUCACUUUUGUUCUCCAGUCAUUUGUCAUUCAGACAGUUCAGUAGGCUGUGAAAAUUGCUUGCUGGAUCAGGUUCCUAGUGCUCUAUUGUGCAGACAUGAGACACCAAAAAUGCCAUUGGGAUGUCUGUGGAAAUGGUAUGAGAAACAUGGCAGCUAUGGAUUAGAAAUAAGGGCAGAAGAUUAUGGAAAUACAAAGCGAUUAGGCAUUGAUCAGGUUGAGUUUCGUGCCUACUUUGUGCCGUUCUUGUCAGCAAUUCAACUCUUUAAGAACAGUAAAACUCAUUCUAGCCCUGGAGUUUUAGAGGCUUGUGAUACUGAUCCUACUUCAGCAAACUCUACUAAUGUCAAUCAACUUCCAAUAUUAUCAGCUCUUGUCCCACAUCCACAGUCUACAGAACCGAGUAGUCAGUCUCAAGUAAAUGAUGUUAGAUCUGCAGUUUCUCCUAAAGAUGUCAAAUCUGUUGACAUGGAACUAGUUUUUGAAUACUUUGAAUCUGAGAAGCCUCAUCAAAGACAAGCAUUGUAUGAAAAGAUACAAGAACUGGCUAGAGACGAUGUGUCUCCCAAGUGCAAAAUGUAUGGUGAUCCAGUUCAUCUCAACUACAUAAAUAUGCAUGAUUUGCAUCCUCGAUCUUGGUAUUCUGUUGCGUGGUAUCCUAUAUAUAAAAUUCCAGAUGGAAAUUUCCGUGCAGCAUUUUUGACUUACCAUUCACUUGGCCACUUUGUUCGUAGAAGUUCCAAGUUGGAUUACCCUAGUGUAGAUGCAUGUGUAGUCUCUCCUGUUGUGGGUCUUAAAAGCUACAAUGCUCAGCAUGAACAGGGUGAAUGCUGGUUCCGGCCGAGACACUCCUCGACGAGUAUUACCCAUGAAAACCAGGGAGUAAGCCCUUCAAGAAUACUGAAGGAGCGAUUAAGGAUUCUGGAUGAGACAGCAUCGCUUAUGGCAAGGGCUGUUGUCAACAAGGGAAACCGGACAUCGGUAAACAGACACCCCGAUUACGAGUUCUUUGUCUCUAGGCAACGAUAGUCACUCAUGUGCAACUACUCACCAAGUAACCUGUUUCAGCUUGUCAAAUAGUUUAGCUUAUAUUCAGGUAGAAGCUAACCUUGAUACUUGAUAGGGACUUCAAUUCAUAGUGUUGGUUGGUCAGUAUUUCUGUGCAGAUGCUUGUAUGAC